CGUCAUCAGUCUGCGCCACCUGACCCCCGAGACCCUGAGUUUGGAGUGGGAAGUGAGGUGUGGGAAGUCGGUCGCUUUCUGAUGAAUUCAUUGGCUAUGGAAUUGGGACCGGAGGAGGCUGCUGCUUAGUUCCCAAACCCCGAACUCCGGCGAACAGACAGAUUCGUCUGCCACGAGUGCACAUUCUGAAAACAGGAGGUUGAAUUAGUUCUCAGUAAUGGGGAGAACCUACAUUGUAGAAGAGACUGUUGGCCAAUAUCUUUCAAACAUCAGUCUCCAAGGAAAGACUUUUGUCUCUGGCCUUUUAAUAGGACAGUGUACUUCACAAAAGGAUUAUGUAAUUCUUGCCACUAGAACACCACCCAAAGAGGAACACAGUGAAAACCUCAAACAUCCUAAAGCUAAGUUGGAUAACUUGGAUGAAGAAUGGGCCACAGAACAUGCCAACCAGGUAUCCAGAAUGCUACCAGGGGGACUCUUAGUUCUUGGAGUAUUUAUUAUUACUACUUUAGAACUAGCAAAUGACUUUCAAAAUGCCCUGCGCAGACUGAUAUUUGCUGUGGAAAAGUCUAUAAGUAGAAAAAGAAUAUGGAAUUUUACAGAGGAGGAGGUCUUAGAACGAGUGACACUUCACAUUUGCUCUUCUACAAAAAAAAUAUGUUGUCGAACUUAUGAUAUUCAUGAUCCAAAGAGUUCAGCAAAACCAGCAGAUUGGAAAUAUCAAAAUGGAUUAUCAACCUCAUGGCUUUCUUUAGAAUGUACAGUUCACAUUAAUAUUCACAUCCCACUUUCCACUACUUCUAUCAGCUAUACUCUGGAGAAAAAUACAAAGAAUGGACUUAUACGCUGGGCCAAGCAAAUAGAAAAUGGUAUGUAUUUGAUUAAUGGACAAGUUAAAGAUGAAGAUUGCGACCUAUUAGAAGGACAGAAAAAAUCUAGAGGAAAUACUCAAGCAACUAGUCAUUCUUUUGAUGUCAGAGUGCUAACGCAGUUGCUCCUGAAUUCAGACCACAGAUCGACAGCUAUGGUCCAGGUCUGCAGUGGUUCUGUAAAUCUGAAGGGUGCUGUGAAAUGCAGAGCUUAUAUCCACAGCAAUAAGCCCAAGGUUAAAGAUGCCGUGCAGGCAGUAAAGAGAGAUAUAUUGAACACAGUUGCUGAUCGUUGUGAAAUACUAUUUGAGGAUCUACUUUUGAAUGAAAUGCCAGAAAAAAAAGUUAUGAAUUCUACAAAAGAGUUCCAUAUCCUUCCUCACCGAGUUUUUGUCCCCAUUCCUGGAUCCACUGUAAUGUUAUGUGAUUAUAAAUUUGGUGAUGAGUCAGCAGAAGAAAUCCGAGACCAUUUUAUAGAGAUGUUUGAUCAUAUGAUUCAAAUAGAAGAUUUGGAAAUUGCAGAGGAAAUAAACACAGCCUAUGUGAGUUCCUCUAUCAAUAGUCAAUCUCCAUUGGACGAUAUAGAUGAUGAACAACCAAAACAACCAAUUAAAACUACAAUAGUAUUGAAAAUGCAGCAAAACAUAGGUACGAUUGCAGCAUUUGCGGUUGCAUUGCUUGCCGCAGGUAUUUCCUUUCAUUACUUCAGUGAUUAGAGUGAGGCACAAAAAGUUUCCUGAUCAUCCAGAGAACAUUGGCCAACAAAUAUGAAUAAUAAAGAUGUAAACAACCAUCUGCAUUUAAGACAAUAGCAAUCAGAUCUGCUGCCGUAAUGCCUAUUAAGUGUGUUUCUGACUAAAAUGAAAUCACCAACUGCCUUGUUUAACCUGCUUUAUACUAUAGGUGGUCCAGCUUUUCAAAAAUAAAGUUAUGUAUCUAGAUGGAA